GGACACACACCACCAGCCUCACACACACACACACACACAUACACACAUACACACACACACAGCCAGCCCGGAAAUACAAAUGUAAGCUGCCUCGUACUCAAUCCUUCGCGGAUUCCCCACAGCGUUGUGUGAUAGUGACACCGUAGCACAGCAGGUAAAAUGAAUAAGGAAGUCAUGUCACGUGUGGUGAAGAAGAGGCAGGCGGACCCCAAGGUGGUCCAGUAUGUGUGGGCGGCCAUCGAGGUCAUCCGCAACCAGAAACAAAUCGCAAACAUGGACAGGAUCUCCAAGUACCUGAGCCGUGUGUUCGGCAUGCACCCGAAGGAAACGGCCAGACAGCUGAGCCUGGCGGUGAAGGACGGUCUGGUGGUGGAGACCCUGACGGUCGGCUGCAAGGGCUCGAAGGCCGGCAUCGAGCAGGAGGGUUACUGGCUGCCCGGGGACGAGAUGGAGCCGAAAGCCGAGGGAAGCAAGGACUGGGAGACAGAGAGCCACGACUGGUACUGCUUCGAGUGUCACCUACCGGGUGACGUCCUGAUGUGCGACAACUGCUUCCGCGUCUACCACCUCAAAUGCCUGUCGGAGGAGUACAAGCCCAGAGACGGCGGCUCCCACUGGCAGUGUGUCGUCUGCAGGGGCAGUAAAAAGAAGAACUUGAACAAACAGGAGAUGUGUAAAUACCUGCGCUUCAUUGUUCAACGCAUGAAGGAAAGGGCGGUGGAUCUGAACAAGAAAGGCAAAGACACUAAACAUCCCAUGUACAGACGGCUGAUCCACACUGCGCUGGAUGUCUCCAACAUCCAGGAGAACCUGACUGAAGGAAAGUAUAAGAGUUUUGAUGAGUUCAAGGCAGACGCCCAGCUGAUCGUUCACAACACGGCCAUUUUGUUUGGAGUGCACAGUGACCAGGCUGAGAUCGCACGGUUGCUCUACAGUGACACAUGCCACGAGCUGAACGAGUUGUUGUUGUGUAAGAACUGUUUCUACCUGUCCAACGCCCGGCCUGACAACUGGUUCUGUUACCCCUGUAGCCCCAGCCACGAGGUGGUCUGGGCCAAGAUGAAAGGUUUCGGCUACUGGCCGGCCAAAGUCCUGCAGAGGGAGGACAACCAGGUGGACGUGCGCUUCUUCGGACACCAGCACCAGAGAGCGUGGAUCCCCUCGGACAACAUCCAGGACAUCAAGGUGAGCGUCCAGCAGCUGCAGGUGAAGCGCAGCAUGGGCUGGAAGAAGGCCUGCGAGGAGCUGGAGCUCUACCAGCGCUUCCACAGGGAGGGACGCUUCUGGAAAACCAAGAUGGAGGACGGCAGCCAGCCGCACCAACACCACCAACAGAGCCAGCGGCAGCCGCAGGAGGAGGGCAGCGGGCGGACGGACAGGCUGGAGCGCACGGACGAGGCCGAGUCCAGCAUCUCGUCCACCAGCAACGAGCAGGUCCGACAUCUCAAAGGCAGCCAGGAGCCCAAAGCGAAGAAGAGCCGUCGCAGUCAACCCGUUGAGCCCAAAGAAGAAGCCAGUGACCCGGAGCCGGAGAUGGAGGCGGUGAGCUCCAGCCAGGAGAUCCCGGUGUCGUCGGCCCCCCAGCAGCCGGAGAAGCUGUCGGUUUCCACCCAGACCAAGAAGGCCAGCGGGGGGUCGCCGCGCACGCUGCACCGCAGCACCCAGACCAGCAGCGACGGCGCCUGCCAGAACAUGUGCCACGAGAAGUACACCAAGAUCUUCAACGACGUCAAGGAGAUGAUGAAGGCCGACAACAAGAGGGAGACGGAGCGGGUCGUGCGAGAGGCUCUGGAGAAGCUGCGCUCAGAGAUGGAGGAGGAGAAGCGCCAGGCGGUGAGCAAGGCGGUGGCCGGAGCGCAGGCCGAGAUGGAGAGGAAGUGCAAGCAGGUGAAGGAGAAGUGUAAGGAGGAGCUGGUGGAGGAGGUGAAGAAGAUGGUGGCCCAACACAAGCAGCUCAUCUCGCAGACCAAGAAGAAACAGUGGUGUUACAACUGCGAGGAGGAGGCCAUGUACCACUGCUGCUGGAACACCUCCUACUGCUCCAUCAAGUGUCAGCAGGAGCACUGGCACGCCGACCACAAACGAACCUGCCGGAGGAAGAGAUGAACAAGUCCCGCCCCCCUCCCCGGCCCCUAGCCAGCACGCCAUUGGCUGUCACACACUCUGUCCUCCUGUCACUCAACAUCCGCCCCCCCUCUCAUCCUCCCCUCCCCUCCUCUCUGCUUCUCUACUUGCCUUCCUGAAAACUUUGUGGACCCGAUGUUUUGCGUGCAGCAACAGCAAUUUCUCUCUUUGGUUUUUUUUAUUUUGUCUCCGUUAUUUAAUAUACCCAUCGUAUUGAUUUUUUUUUUUUCUGUAUUUUUGUUUUUCUCUGAAUCAUGAACAGAUUGCUCAAGAGCAUGGCUCAAAGGCAGAGUAUGGUAUGAUUUUUUUUUUUUGUGUGUGUGUGUGUUGUUUCUUGUUUUUAUUUUUUUAUUUUUUUUCUUUACUGAAGUGCUAAUUUUGAACCCGUGUCAGAGAAUGUGUUAUUUAAGUGUGUAGUAACCGAUGAGCAUUAACUGAAUACAUUUUGUUACCUGAAUUUUUUAAUCACUUUUCUUACUGUAAAUGCAACAAUACACACCGUCGAUCUUUAAAAAAAAACAAAAAAAACAUAAGUACUAUUGCAACAUUGAACUAGCUCUGCUUUCAUAAUGAAAAUCUAUUUAAAAAAAAUUAACAAAAAACUGCAUACGAUAUGAAAUCAUGAAUGACGUAAUUCUCAAACGUUAAGCGUGAUUGUUUUUUUCUCAUGAAAAUAUUGCGGUGGAUAGCACCUUUUAUCGUUUCUACCUAAAAUCUUCAAGUCACUUACGUAUCAUUGGGAACAGGGUUACCAAGUCGGCCCUAAAAGAUGCCGACGAAAAAAAUCUUCCAUUUAUUAUUAUUGUUAUGCACAUUCUAUUUUUUUUUUUUUUUGUUCUCUUUUAAAUAGUGUAAUUUUUAAUGAAUUAAAGAUGAGAAAAAAGUAAACGACAAGUUUUUAAUCAGUUCUAAAUAAAUCGGGGAAAAUGUACAGCAAUCUUUCUUGAGCUGGAUCUUAGAGAGGUUCCUUAAUUUGACCGUUUUUUCACUUUUUUGCACACGUCGUUUUGUUUUUCGCAGCUCGGAUGCUUGUAAUAUUGCCAAAAAAGUGACAUUUUGCUGAACCCACCUGAAGAGAAGAUGUGUUGAGUGCUAACCCCCCCUUUUAUUCUUUUUUUUUUAAUGUACAUUUUUUUUCAAGCGUUGUCGGUGUCAUUGUUAUGGUGAUGUUACACUCAAAGUACGAAAUUUUAUUUUAUUUUUUAAAUUUUUUAACCUUCCAAGUGACUAGCUAUGAGACUCUUUCACUGCUUAUGCUGUAGUUGGUGGUCAGUGCCUGUUUCUUUUUUUUUUUUUCUUUCUUUUUCCAACAUCAUCCUAUUCCACUUGCUAUGUGCAUGUUGAUGGUUUCAUCAUUUUAAUUUUUGAAUUCAUUAAGGUGAAAUACAAAAAAACAAAAAACAAGACGAGAAGCUUGCAGAGCAUCUGGUUUCCAAAAGGCAAUGAAGACGGAUGGACCAAUAUAAAAUAUAUGCAAAUGUGAAUGAACAAACUAAGCUUUUUUUUUUAUAUAAUUAUUAUCAUUAUUAUUAUUAAUAAUAUUAUUAUUUCCCCCUAAGCUGUAUGUCAAGUGUUCUUGGUGUAUAAUAUGGUGCUUAACUUUGAAAUCUUUUUGAAAGGGGCAAUGAGAUUGCCAAUUUUAUUGUUGUUGGGUUAUUUUUUUUGUUUUGUUUUUUUCUUCUGGGAGAAUUUCCCUGGCAAGUGUGACUUUUUUUUUUUUUUUUUUAAUCUGAUGACUGUUUCCUUAGUUAUGAAGAUCGACUGAGCGGAGGAAAAAGUCAUUCAAUCAUGCAUUUAUUCAUUCACUCACACACUCUCUCUCUCUUAGUAAGUUUCCAUCAGUAACGGCUGUGUGUUUGGUUUGGAGCGACGUGCGCGCUCGUUCUCAUCACGCUGACGUCACGAGUCUCAUCUGGUGACAAAACGAAUGCGCGUCGUUCCAAACUUCUUCUUUUUUUUUUCUUUCAUUCACUCGCUCAUCUCUGGAGUUUUGCGGUGGCGACUCAUUUGUAAAACUCAUGUUAAGUGCAUCACGUUUUGAUGUGACACGUUUUUGUGGAGUCUUUUUCUCCUCCUGUCCCACGUGCUGUGUGAUUUUCUUUUAUGUUUUUUCCACUCUCUCUCAAACACAUCUUUAUUUGAUUUCACAAAUAUAAUAUUGUAUUUCUGGAAAGGAUCUCAUGUCUGAGCUGUACUGUGUGUGCGACAUUGUAUUUUUUUUUUUGUUUUCAUUAUAAAUAUAUUUAGUUUUUCUGUUUGGGCAUCCUGCUUUGUUUGUGAAGCAGCUGCUCGCAUCACCACAUUUCUCUGGUUUUUCAGGUCAAAAUCAGCCUUUCUUUGUUUUUGUUUUUUUUUUCCUCACCAGUAUUGCACUACAUGUAAAUAAAACGUCUGAUAUCAUGUCAAUAUCUCAGUCAUAUUAAGUGUACAUUGUAAAGGAUCGCAAACCAUGACGGAUAAUUAGAUUUCAGCUGAUUGUGUGCUCACAGCUCUCCGGAUGACUGUUAGUUUUUAGUUUUGUACGAUGUACAACCAUAUCAAGCAACAUGUGCGUCGAAAACGAUGGGUUUUAUGUCGCAGUCGCUUUCUCUUCGACUGUUUGCCUUUUAUAUUCGUCCAUCCACGCGUAAUGACUGUGUGAUUUUGUUUGUUUGUUUUUAUGUUGUUUUUUUUUUGUUGUUGUUUUUCCUCUGUGGAAAACUUUUGAUGUCAUUCCAGUUUGUAUCUCUGGUUUUAACUGCAUGAGUAAAGGUGUGUGUAUCUCCAGCUCGUUUUUUUUAUUUUUCUUUUUUUUUUCUUUUUCCCCAUGUGAGAAGACAUAGUUGCACUCCCUCAGAUCGAUGCAAUAUGACAAUGAUGUUUUUUUUUUUUUUUAAAUUUUUUUGUCGUUUUGUUUUCUAGCCUCUGGAAUUGCAGUCGAGCUCAUUUUUACCUCUCCGCCGAUAUCGAAGCUCUCUUCAGUUUUGAGAAAGUACAGCGUCGAUGAGAUUGUCCUCAAGUAACGAGAAUUUUGCAGCGUCCUCGUUCCCGCGUCUGGAAAAGUAUUUCAAGUCCACGAAAACGCUGCGUGAGUUGAGUUUGUGGGCGUUUUGUGAGCUUCAGACACUUUCCAGCGGAGCGAGGCCGAUGUCACUCUGCCCCUCGACCAGGUCAUCUUCUGUUCUGUCCAUAUGUAAACUAUUAAUCGUGGCUUAACAUUUUCUAUGCUCCCGACAUUUCUGUUUGACGCUUUAGCUAGCAAUAUGUAUAUAAAUAUAUUCUAUGUGCUAACAUGGAGAAAUAAAUGUAUCAACAAGUU